AUGGCUGCAAGAGGCUUUGUGAUCGACUUUACAGGAAAGUGCAUCAUCGUUACCGGCGGAAACCGUGGCAUCGGGCGUGCCAUGUCUGAUUCUUUGGCGGCUGCCGGCGCGCGAGUCGCGAUCAUAUACAGAGGCUCCAAGGACGCGGUCGAGAUUGCUGAGAAAAUCGGCAAGGACAACAACGUCAGGUGCAAGGCAUACAAAUGCGACGUGUCCGAUUCAGACCUCGUCACAAAGACAUUUAAAGAGAUCAAUGACGAGCUCGGACCAGUCACCGGUCUUGUUGCCAACGCCGGUGUUUCGGUAGUCAAGCCUGCGCUGGAGAUGACGAAAGAUGACUUUGAGAAAGUGUUCACCGUCAACGUUCUGGGUGUAUUCAACGCUGCACGUGCGGCCGCAAAACUCUGGGUCGAUAGCAAGUAUCAGGGCGGUUCGAUCGUCAUCACGUCCAGCAUGAGCUCGCAGAUCAUCAACCAGGUUGGGGUUGGAAAGCCAUUGACGCAGAUUUUCUACAAUUCUUCAAAGGCGGCCGUGUCAAAUUUGAUGAAGGGCUUGGCCGCCGAAUGGGCCCAGCACAACAUUCGUGUGAACGCCGUGUGUCCAGGAUACGUGGAGACCGACCAGACAUCGAGCAUGGAAGAGUCCAUUCGGAACUACCAGGCAUCCCAAGUGCCGCUGGGCCGCUUCGCGAAGCCUCAUGAGAUGGCACCUCAAACAUUACUCUUACUCUCUGACUAUGCUAGCUACAUGACCGGAGAGGAGUACUUCGUCCAUGGUGGUCAACUAGUCUCCUGA